GCCGGCGGCUAUUCAUUCAUUAAAUUUUUUUAUCACUAAGAAAUUAAAAAGAAAUUUUUUGUUAAAAAAAGAAAAAAAACAGACUGGAAUGUGACUCGUGUCAUGGAGGUCAAGCCUCCGCCUAGAAGACACGCAACGAAUUCUCAUUUUCCACUCUCUCUUACAGCAUUCUUUUUUGACCCAUCAUCCUCUUUUUCAUCGCCGUUUCUCUUACUAUCACCAACUCUCUCUCUCUCUCCCUGAAUUUUGGACACAGAUCUUCAUCUCCACAAAAUGCGCAAUUUCAAUUUCUUCCACCGUUUCUCCAAAACCUUCCGUGACUACGAUUCUCAGUUCAAGCUUGUCCUCCUCUGCACCACCGUAAGUGGCGGUGGCCUUUUGGCAUACGGUGAGGCUGUUGCUACAUCUGAAGCGGCGGUACCUGAGAAGAAAAAGGUGUUGGUGCUGGGAACUGGUUGGGCAGGAACGAGUUUCUUGAGGAAUCUUAAUGAUCCUCGAUAUGAGGUUCACGUUGUCUCUCCUCGGAAUUAUUUUGCAUUCACUCCUUUGCUGCCCAGUGUUACCUGUGGCACCAUCGAGGCUCGCAGCAUUGUUGAACCCGUCCGCAAUAUCUUCAGGAAGAAACAUGUGGACUCUCGAUUCAGUGAAGCAGAAUGUAUCAAGAUUGAUGCAGUAAACAGAAAAGUUUACUGUCGAGCUAAUAUUAACAAUAAUUCGAAUGAAAAAGAUGAAUUCGUUGUGGACUAUGACUACUUAAUCAUAGCUGUGGGGGCUAAUGUCAACACAUUUAAUACUCCUGGAGUCACGGAGAAUUGUCAUUUCUUGAAGGAAGUUGAAGAUGCGCAGAGGAUUAGAAGAACUGUAAUUGACUGCUUUGAGAGAGCAAGUUUGCCUAGUGUAAGUGAUGAAGAAAAAAAGAGAAUUCUUCAUUUUGCUAUUGUUGGAGGUGGUCCAACUGGAGUGGAGUUUGCAGCCGCACUUCAUGAUUUUGUCAGUGAGGAUUUGGUCAAAUUAUAUCCCGGGGUAAAAGAUUUAUUUAAAAUUACCCUUCUGGAGGCUGGAGGUCAUAUCUUGAGCAUGUUUGACAAAAGAAUAACAGCUUUUGCUGAAGAUAAGUUCCGCAGAGAUGGUAUUGAUGUGAAAACAGGAUCCAUGGUUGUGAAGGUAUCUGACAGAGAAAUUUCCACUAAAGAAAUGAAAAGUGGAGAAAUGACUUCAAUUCCAUAUGGAAUGGCUGUCUGGUCAACUGGUAUUGGCACUCGUCCAUUCAUAAAAGAUUUUAUGACACAAAUUGGUCAGAUUAACAGACGUGCCGUAGCUACUGAUGAAUGGUUGAGAGUUGAGGGAACCAAUAAUGUGUAUGCGCUUGGUGAUUGUGCUACAAUAAACCAGCGAAAAGUCAUGGAAGAUAUUGUGGCAAUAUUUAAGAAGACUGAUGCAGACAACUCAGGAACAAUUACGCUCAAAGAAUUUCAGGCGGUAAUGGAUGACAUCUUUGAAAGAUACCCUCAAGUGGAGCUAUUCCUAAAGAAUAAACAGAUGCAUGGCAUUGCUGAUCUUUUGGAAGAAUCCAAAGGAGAUGUUGAAAAAGAAUCUAUUGAAAUUAAUAUCGAAGAACUCAAAACUGCACUUUUCAAUGUGGACUCGCAGAUGAAAUUUCUUCCUGCUACAGCUCAGGUUGCAUCUCAGCAAGGAGCCUACCUGGCCAAGUGUUUUAACCGGAUGGAAGAGUGUGAAAAAAACCCAGAGGGUCCUAUUAGGUUCAGGGAAGAAGGUCGUCAUCGGUUCAAACCCUUCAGGUACAAGCAUUUAGGUCAAUUUGCUCCUCUGGGAGGAGAACAGACAGCUGCACAGCUACCUGGAGAUUGGGUUUCAAUUGGACACAGCAGUCAAUGGCUGUGGUAUUCUGUCUAUGCAAGCAAGCAAGUCAGCUGGCGCACAAGGGCAUUAGUGGUGUCAGACUGGAUGAGACGCUUUAUUUUUGGGAGGGACUCGAGUCAAAUCUGAUGGAUGUUGAAGUGCUCUUCGAUCUUGAAUUUAUUUCGAUAUAGGAAAUUUUCUGUUUCAAUUCCUGAUUCUUUGAAUAACGCAAGCAGACUCUCAGCUGGAAAGUCAGUGCUGGGAUUUAUUAUCACGCCUUGAGAAUUUUUACUUCAUGUACGAAUUUCUUACAUGCCCCUUUCCUUUUUGUUUUGUACUUUCGGUAUUGGAAUUGUGGCAUUAGUGGAUCUCCGAGUUUUGCAGAUCUAUUUCGGAGAUGCCGGAUGUUAACAUGUCAAAUUAUUACCGUUAUACUUCUGCUCAAGCUUUAGUGGAAUGAACUUGUAGAGUCAAUAAUCACUUUAAUACAUUAUUACAUUUCUUGUCUA